AUGUCCAAAGAUCUGACCUUUAUGGGCGGGGAGAUGGGCGGACCCAUUAAUUAUCAUUCCUCGGCGUACAAACGGCCCGGCAACAACAUUUACAUAACGCGCCGCAUUGGCGAAGCUGUCGAGCUGGAGCCACAUCUGCGCACGCCGGUGGAUGGCCAAGGCCCGAUUGCCAAUCCUCAGUUCCGGCCCAUGACGAACCAAAUGCUGCACCAGCAGCAGCAGCAGCAACAGCAGCAGCAGCGCCAGCAACCCGGUUUCUUGCAACAGCUUUUUGGCUUUGGCGGCUCUGGAGGCGGCGGUGGCAGCAAUGGACCCACAGCUCCACCUCCACCUCCACCUCCGCCUCAGGCGCAUAUGCGGCCAGUGCCGCUGCAGCAGCCGCCGCCACACUCUCAGCAGCAGCAGCAGCAGCAUUUGGCGCCACAUGGCAGCCCGCCGGGCACAUUUCGAGCCGUUUCCGAAAACGACCUGUAUCUGCUGGGCGCCAUCGAGAAGCUUGUCUAUCGUGUUGAUUAUUUGGAAAGUCGCGUGCGACGUGCGGAACAAUUAAUCUAUUAUCUAAUGGCCGGCAACAACCAGAAGGAAGUGCGUGAUCCCUGCCCUGCGAAUUUUACGCGCAUUAGUGACAAUUGCUACUAUAUAAAUAGCCAGCACCAGGUGAACUGGAAGACGGCAAACACCGCCUGCAAGGGACUCUCUGCACACCUGGCCGAAUUCGAGAAGGUGUCCGAGAACGAGGAGAUUAUGGCCUAUUUACUUAAUCAGCCGGCGCAUAGGGGGCGCGAUUACUGGCUAGGUGGUCUCAAUCCGGGUCUUUUGUGGAUUUGGUCUAACUCCGCCAAGCCCGUCAAUCCGAAUACGAACCUCACAUCAAUAGCCAUGUCACAAAAGGCUGACAACUCAACGGCCGCCAAUCUGGUGGACAGCAGCGAGGAAACGACGGACGACAACGAUGUUCUCAACAAUACAGUGCAAAUUGAGGGAAAGGGACGCUGCCUGCGUCUGAGCUACAAUGCGGGCAAGCACAGCUAUGUGUACUACGGUCAGGAUUGUACAUCCAGGCAUUAUUAUAUUUGUGAGUACGAGGACAAGACGCUGGACAACAAGAUACAGAAGAUAGCGCGCGACCUAAAGCUCUUUGAUUAA